UGCUGAAAUUUGAUUGGUAACAGUUGUCAAUUUUGUGCAAAUUGGAAAUUAGAACUUCAAGUCUCCAAGAUGAGCAAGAAUAGAAAAAUCUCAUCCUGGUUUGCACCGUCAUGGAGGAAGGCAAAAUAAAUAAAAAAUUGAAAAGGAAACAUGAACAGGACCACGUGCUGUUGAACACGUUGCAAAACCUGGGGGCUGUUUUGUCAAUCCAUAUUCAGUUCUAUGGAUAAACCAUGGCAUUCUUUAGGGUUUUUGUAAUUCAGCCCUCAACGUACUUCACUUCAGAUCUUGGCGUUAAUCUCUGUGGAGUUGUAUGGUUCCUCUUCCUGUUAGAACUGCGUGGUUCAUGUGCAGAUUUUCUUAUCACGCUUUAUGUAUAUAUACUCCUUAGGGAGUAUUUUGGACAAUUUUCCAUAGAACCGAUGCACAAUUAGUGUCAAUUUUUUCUUUAAGUACUUCAGAUUUUCUUUCCUGAUUCAGUUCAACUCCUGCGUGAUUAUCUUCUUUUAGGAUUCAAUCCAAAUGUCGAGCCUAAAACUUAUGAAAAUAUGCUAAAUGUAUAUGCAGUCUUUAGAGACAAAAUAAGAGAGAGACACAUAGUUGCUUGGAAUGAUAUAUUAGUUCGUUAUUGUAUUACUUAGAAAUGUCGUCGUUGACAUGUCUCAAAAAAGCAUGUCAACUCCACCUGGAAGCAUUUUGGGUUACUAGGUGUCUAGAUGAUCUUGACUCCCUUUGCCAUAAUAGGUAGGAUCACUUAAAACUAAUUUCCUGUCAGAUACUAGCUUCAUAUAUCAUUGCAUUAAUUAUCCACAUAUAUAAAGCUUCCUACACUUAUAGAUGUUGACAUAGUCCUAUAGAGUAAAAAUGUCUAAACAUAUGAAUUCACCGAAGGAGCAUGCCUUAGGUAUAAUUGAGCGUCAUUAACUGCAAAAUGCCAAUGUGUCGAUAGACAUUUUCGAUAUCUUGGACGGUAUUAGUAAGUAACCAGUUUUAAAAAGUAACAAUGUACUGACAAAACUGAUGAGAGGUGGAGUCCUAAAGUAUACACGCAAAACAAUUAAAUCUUGAAGUUCGCGAGAAAUCCACAAGAAGACAACGGCUUUGCCAUCUUAUAACUUCUUAACAUCGCUACCAACUAUUGAUCCUUAUCUUUCUAUAGUUGUCCGUAGCUGGAUAAUAUUGACCGUGUAGAGAAAAGGCUCAAUGGCCUCAUUUAGAUACAAAUAGAUAAUAUUGACAUUAUAUAGAAAAGGCCCAACAACCUCAGUUAGACUAGCAUGUGUAUUGGAUUAUUGUGCUUCAAACGACAAAACAAAGCAUAAAUUUAUUAGGGACGGUGGUGAUCAAUCGCUUGAAUAGUACGCGAGUGUUUUGCUGAAGGAACCACAGUUUUCUAUAGAAGGAUUAGAUGAAAUAUUCUAGUAUAAGUUAAUGUGCGCGAAGAAAAGGAUCAAUCCUCAGUGGUUUGAUCUAACUUGAAAACUUUGAUAGAGUUGAAAAGUUCAUACACGCCAUUCCCGUAGUCCGUCUCCUCCUUUUGAGUUAUGAAAGGUGAUCUUGAUUGCCUUCGCCAUAAUAGGUAGGAUCAGAAGACACAAAUUGAUUUCCUUUCAAAUAAUAGCUUCAGAUAGUGUUGGCUUAACUAUCUUCAACCGGCAUUGGUAACUUAAACAAGAUUAACUAUGCGUCGAUAAAACUUAUGAGAGAAGCAAAGUCCUAAAGUCCACAUGCAAAAUAUAGUGGUAAAUCUUGAAUACUAUGGUGAGAAAUCCACGGGAAGACGCCAGUUUCUUGCUAUUUUAUACCAUCUCUUAAUUUUACUACCAACUAUUGAUUUUUAUUUAUCUACAGCUGUCGGCAGUAGGAUUAGGUGAUAUAGACAAAAGCCUCAACAGACUCGGUUAGCGCCAGCUGGAAAAUAUUGACGUUAUCACCAAAAGGCUCAGCAACCUCAGUUAGAGUGGCAUGUGUAUUGGAUUUUUGUGCUUCAACGACAAAAUGCAAUGCGAACUUGUUACGGACGGUGCUGAUGGAUCGCUUGAAUAUUAUGCGAGUGUUUUGCUAAAAAGACCAUAGUUUACUACCGAGGGACUAAAAAUAUAUUCUUAUAUAAGUUAAUGUGCUCAAAGAAAAGGAUCAAUACGUUGUAGUUUGCUCGCACUUGGAAACUUUGAAAAAGAUGGAAGGUUCGUCCGCACCAUUUCCUUAGUCCUUCUCCUCCUUUUGAGUUUUGAAAAAACCCUGCAACUUGAGGGGCCAGGCUGGAAAACAGCCUUUGCCAGCUAGCAAUCCAGCGCGUCCCGUCGCCCCUCAAGGCACGGCUAACAAAUAGCCCCCGACCCAGACCCAUCCCCUUCCAAUUCCAACAAAAACGCAAAACGGACAAACCCCCUGUGCUAGCCGUCACAAUGCAGCCCUCCCUCUCCAACUCCGGCGACGAGGGCUCGCCGUCUCCCACGGAGACGCGCCGAAUCGUGGUCGCCCAUCGCCUUCCUCUCCUGGCGGUGCCCAACCCUGACGCGCUACACGGCUUCGACUUCUCCCUCGACCCCAACGCGCUCCCCCUCCAGCUCUCCCAUGGCCUUCAGCGCCCUGUCCUCUUCGUUGGUGCGCUCCCAUCCUCUGCUGCCUCCGCGUCCAUAGCCGCGUCUGAUGAUCUCGCGGCGGACCUCCUCGCGCGCUUCUCAUGCUACCCGGUGUUCCUCCCUGCAAAGAUGCAUGCCGACUUCUACGACGGCUUCUGCAAGCACUACCUGUGGCCGAUGCUCCAUGACCUCCUCCCGUUCUCGCCCUCCUACGGAAGCGGCGGCGGCCUCCCCUUUAACCCAGAGCUCUACCGCGCCUUCCUCACCACCAAUACGCAGUUCGCCGAUCGCAUAUUUGAGGUCCUCAAUCCCGGCGAGGACCUCGUCUUCAUCCAUGAUUACCACCUCUGGGCUCUCCCUACCUUUCUCCGCCACAAGUCCCCACGCGCUCGCAUAGGCUUCUUCCUCCACUCCCCCUUCCCUAGCUCCGAGCUCUUCCGCGCCAUGCCCGUCCGUGAGGACUUCCUCCGCGCCCUCCUCAAUGCCGACCUUGUGGGCUUCCACACCUUCGACUACGCACGGCACUUCCUCUCCUCUUGCUCAAGGGUCCUUGGUAUCACCAACCACUCCAGCCGCGGAUACAUCGGCAUCGAGUACAAUGGCCGCACAGUGGUCGUGAAGAUCCUCUCUGUCGGUGUCGACAUGGGCCAGCUCCGUGCGGUAUUGCCGUUGUCGAAGACGGCCGCGAAGACCAAGGAGAUCGCUGAUAAGUACAAGGGUCGCCAAUUGAUGCUCAGCGUGGACGAUAUUGAUUUGUUCAAGGGGAUUGGGCUCAAGCUCUUGGCCAUGGAGAAGCUGCUGGAGUCGCGGUCAGACUUGCGCGGACAUUUCGUGCUCGUGCAGAUCAACAACCCGGCGCGGAGCCUUGGGCGCGACAUCGACGAGGUCAGGACCGAGGUGCUGGCCAUUCGGGAUCGGAUCAAUGCCCGUUUUGGCUGGCCGGGGUAUGAGCCAGUUGUCGUGAUCGACGGCGCUAUCCCGAUGUACGAGAAGGUGGCGUUCUACACAUCUGCAGAUGUCUGUGUCGUGAAUGCCGUGCGUGAUGGCCUGAAUAGGACACCGUACUUCUACACAGUGUGCCGGCAGGAGGGGCCGGUCGUCAACUGUUUUGCCGGCAAGCCGAGGGAGAGCGCCAUUAUCGUGUCCGAGUUCGUUGGGUGCUUGCCGUCGCUGAGUGGUGCUAUUCGUGUAAACCCAUGGAAUGUGGAGGAUGUGGCCGAGGCAAUGAACUCUGCUCUGAUGAUGAAUGAGCACGAGAGGCAGCUGCGGCAGGAGAAGCACUACAAGUAUGUGAGCACGCACAAUGUUGUCCAUUGGGCGAGGUCUUUCGACCAGGAACUGCAGAGAGCUUGCAAGGACCACUCAACCAUGAUGAUCCUGAAUGUUGGUCUCGCCAUGAGCUUCCGUGUCGUAGCUCUUGGCCCCAGCUUCCAGAAGCUCUUGCCUGAGCACAUUAAUCCAGCGUAUCGCCAGACUGGCAACAGGCUCAUUUUACUGGACUACGAUGGCACAGUAAUGCCGCAGGAGCUGAUCAACAAGCCACCCAGCCAAGAAGUGAUUCGUACUCUGAAUGAAUUGUCCUCAGAUCCAAAGAAUACCAUCUUUGUGGUCAGUGGGCGGGGGAAGCAUAUACUGGCUGAAUGGUUUGCGCCAUGUGGAAGGCUGGGGAUCGCUGCAGAGCACGGGUACUUCACAAGGUGGAGCAGGGAUUCUCCAUGGGAGUCAUGCAAGUUGAUAAUGGAUUUUGAUUGGAAGAACAUUGGAGUGCCUGUAAUGAAGCAUUACACCGAUGCAACAGAUGGGUCAUCGAUUGAGGUUAAAGAAACAUCACUAGUGUGGCACUAUGGGGAAGCUGAUCCGGUUUUUGGACCAUGUCAGGCCAAAGAGCUUCAGGACCAUCUACAAAAUGUGCUUGCGAAUGAGCCAGUGUCUGUGAAAAGUGGCCAUCAAAUUGUGGAAGUUAAUCCUCAGGGGGUGGGCAAAGGAGUGGUAGUGCGUAAUCUAAUUUCAACCAUGGGAAAUCGUGGUGACUUUCCAGAUUUCAUCCUAUGUGUUGGUGAUGAUCGGUCUGAUGAAGACAUGUUUGGGGCUACCACAACUGCGGUGAGCAAUUCCGUACUACCAGAAACUGCUGAGAUCUUCACAUGCACCAUAGGCAACAAGCCAAGUUUGGCGAAGUAUUACCUGGAUGACCCAGUCGAUGUUGUGAAGAUGCUUCAGGGCCUGACUAAGUCACCGGUUCAGCAUCCGGAAGCUUCAGGAUCUCAGGUCUUGUUUGAAGACUAGCUUGGUGAAGCAAGAGUGGUCUUGGUUCAUGGGGCAUCUUCAUGGAGCAGCAGUUCAUUUCGUUCAUCAUUCCUUUUUGUAAUGAGCUUACCAUAAGACAAAUGUCUCGGGAGACCGGGAAAGACAACAGAUCAGCCAAACAGACAAGUGCUCAAUGGUUUGGUCAAAAAUGGCAGCUACCGGGUUCAUGCCCACCUGGUUAUUAGCAGUUUCCUGUACAAUCGCAAUAAUUGCUUUCCUCCUUUGCUUCUUUGUUCGCUCGAAGAAUGCAAAAUCAUGACUAAAUUGGUGAUCCAUCUGUUCUGUUGAUUGUUCGU